UUUAUGUAUUAGAAUCGUGCCCAGGAAUAUCAGCAUCUUACGUGUCAGCAAUAGGAGGACUGGGGAAGCCACGGAUCUGUUUUACAGGCCUUUGUAUUAUUGACGUGAGUGGCUUGACUCGGGCUCCAUCAUCUAACGGCUGGCGGGUUCCUGGCUUUGUGUCAUAGUGAAUAAUACUAGUGAUGUGAGAAGUUCUAUUGGAUUAGAAACGCUAAGGAAAACCGAGGAAUAAGUAUUUUGCGUUAAAUGGAGAAAUAACGUUUCAUUCAAACAAAGAUGAACAUUAACUUUGGCCUCCGACAUUUGCUUCUUUGGCAGACUUACCAUUUCUGUAAUUGGAUUUCUGCUGUUCCAUUAGAAAAGCCAACAAUUCCUUCCAAUUCACUUGAGAAUUCUUCAGAGACCAAAGGUGAUUUAUUCACUGACAAACACAUCGAGAAACCCGCUACCAUAAACGGAAAUUAUUCCGCGGUAGUAACUAUUACCACUCUCAAAACGUUCAGCUUACCCAUUCAAGCAAAUGAUGCGAAGCAAACACCCAAGCUUUCUAAUGAGCUAUCAACAACUGAAUGGCCCGCAAAUCAUUCAAACAUUGACUUUAAGGAUAAUGGAAAUAAAAUCGCAUUCUUGAAAAACCAACAUGGAACUUCAAAAGAGCAUAAUUUGCGGUUGUCGAAUAAAUCACCCGAGGACAAAUUCGUGGAGCGAAUGGUUCGCGAUAAAAGGUCAACGACGGAGGUUUAUAAUGAAUUAGACCUGUUUCAGACCAAUAAAUCGGAAAAUGCAACUUUGAUUUUAACAGAUAAUUCAACAAUGGAAAACAAUACAAUGAUAUAUGGAAAUGAAACUAACCACAAUUUGAGCUCCUCCAUAGAAGCUACAAACAUUGCAAAUAUCACGGAGCAUACGAAUUUUACAACACCAGAAAUGACGUAUUCACAGACAACAAAUGCAAACACACAACCAGCUACCAAAGAUGACGUCAUUACAGUGUCAACGACAUUAUCUCCACAAACACAAGAGCAGACAACUCAUGAGUAUCGAGUGCUUCAUCAUUUUACGGGGUUUGCCCAAAACGUCCCAGUUCGUUCCCAAUACCCUCAUCACAACCACCACCACCUUAAUCUUGUUCCUAUGGAAGACAGUCCAUUUGGAAAUUUGUUAUGGAAGGAUAAAAAGUAUCUGAUCAGUAUCUUGGUACCAAUUAGCAUUGGGAUCGUUGGAGCUGGCUGUAUUAUAGGAAUGGCUUACAUGGCUCGUUUCUGCUAUAGGAACGAGAGACAGAUCCAGAUAAUGAAGGAAAGAGUCACACAGCCCCAAGAAACGAACACUGAUAACAUCGUGCUCUUGGAUGACUCCGACGACGAGUUCUAGAUCAACAUCCAAUUCAAUAGUCAUGCCCGGUUUUUGCUUGACAUGAUAACUAACUGUGCUUCUCCCAAGGAACUUUGAUUAUUUGUUGAAUGUGCUUCAGGCACCGGGUGGCGAUUAAUUGGAGAACAGACAGUUGUAAAUAGAAAGACAGCCGACAACAAAAAAUUGUUUUGUAAUAUCAAAAAAGGAAAACGUAAUCAUUGUGUUUGUCCGUUGAUUGAAACAUUUCUUUUAUUCAUCUGAAUAUAAAUUCAUAACGUUUGUUCCAUCGCAUGCUAAGAAUAAAUCGACGUAAAGUG